CUGGAGUGCGGCUGCGCGCGGCAAUGUACGUUGUUGGAUGACGCGUUUUGUCAGGAGAACGACGGAUAGAAAGAAGAUAGGUGAAAAGUGAGCUCGGUGCAGGGGAGGGGCAGCUGUACCCUUGUAGCUCCUCCACACAGACGGAAAGCAAACAAGCCUACCCUAAAACGACCUAAAUCAAACGGAUUGGGGAUCGGCCAUUGAAACACAAUCGGACGGUUAUUCGAUUCAUCCUCGGCCGACGCGACUCGGUUGGAUUCGAUUAGUCGCGCCGCUUCACUAGCCCGGAGGCCGCCGAAACAACCCCAUCGCCAUUAUAUGAUCCACUUCCUAGCGUCGCUGCUGCCCUCCAUGUGGGUGAGGGACCUGUGCGUGUCGGGCUAUGGCGAGAAAAACAGUUAGCAGGAAAAGGAAAGCAGAGGAGCCCAAGGAACAACAGUUGGACUGGUGUCAGAGUGUGUUUAAGCGUGCCCGCGUGUCCAGCUCAGCGCGUCAUGCCCAGCACUGGUGGCAGAGUCGGCGGUCGGUGGUGUGCUCUGUGAGAGGGAGGGAGUUCCGUCCGCAGCAGCAGCAUGAGUGGAGCUUCCAGCGGAGUCUGCGCGGAUUUGCUGCCGGACGCAUUCCCGGAAUCCUCAGAGAGAGAGAGUUCUCCCUCGGCCGCCUCAACAAGGUGUUUGCUUCCCAAUGGCUCAACCACAGGCAGGUGGUGUGCGGGACCAAAUGCAACACGCUAUUUGUGGUGGAUGUCCUCUCGGGACAGAUAACCAGGAUACCUAUGCUGAAAGACAGAGAGGGCAGGGGAGAUGUCUCCCAGGGUUUGGGUGGAGUGGGAGGCCAUUUCCAUUUCCACAAUCCAGGAUCAGUCGGUGGCCUGGAUGUCCAGCAGGGAUGUGGCAUCCAUGCCAUAGAGCUGAACCCCUCUCGUACUUUGCUGGCCACUGGAGGAGACAACCCCAACAGCCUGGCAGUGUACAGACUUCCCACACUUGACCCUGUCUGUGUCGGAGAUGAUGGGCACAACGACUGGAUAUUCUCCAUUGCAUGGAUCAGUGAUACCAUGGCAGUCUCAGGAUCUCGCGAUGGUUCCAUGGGUCUGUGGGAGAUAUCAGAGGAGGUUUUGUCUCAAGCGGAGAAGCGUCAGAAUGUGGAAGGUGUUCCUUGUUACUCCCACAUCUCUCACCGCGCUCUCAAGGACAUCCCGAAAGAAUACACCCACCCCUACAACUGCAAAGUGCGCGCACUGGCCUUCAACAACAGCCAUAAGGAGUUGGGUGCCGUUUCUCUAGAUGGAUAUUUCCAUCUGUGGAAAGCAGAAGACAACCUGUGUAAGGAGCUUUCUACGAAACUUCCUUACUGUAAGGAGAAUGUGUGUCUGGCUUACGGGAUGGACUGGUCUGUUUAUGCAGUCGGUUCUCAGGCGCACGUUUCCUUCCUCGACCCCCGGCAAUCGACUCAGAACAUCAAAUCCGUGAGCUCCAGGGAGCGUGGUAGUGGUAUUCGCUCUGUGAGCUUCUAUGAACACAUAGUGACAGUAGGCACUGGCCAAGGUUCCCUGCUCUUCUAUGAUAUCAGGGCCCAGCGUUUUCUGGAUGGCCCAUCCAGCACACCCGGCGGGUACCGGAAUCGCACUGCAGAGGGCAUCCUUAAACUCACCACGGGGAGAGGAUGGCUGAAUCACGAUGAAACAUGGAGAAGCUACUUUUCCGACGUCCGCUCCUUCCCGAAUGCCGUGUACACACACUGCUAUGACGACUCUGGCACCAAACUCUUCGUGGCCGGCGGCCCCCUUUGUUCUGGCCUACACGGAAACUACGCCGGCCUCUGGAGCUAGCCUCCGUCCAUCAUCCAUUUCGCUCUCAUGUACCAUGGGCUUACAGGCCAUCUUCCAUUCUUCUCCUCACUCCUUUUCACUUCUGGUUUAGCUUCUAUCCAAGAUUAUUUCUCAAAGGACUCAGGAGCAUAGAUGUGGUUCUCAGAUGUUUUUUUUUUUUUUUUCUGAUUGUUCUUGUGUCUUUAAAUUUUCAUUUGCCUAUUGUAGUCCUGAAUUCACAUCUGUUUUUGUGUGUGACGAAGAAAAAGCAGUGACCCUGACACGAUGUCUGAUCUCCUGGAGAAGUUAGUUUGAGUCCUGAAAAAAUUGGCUGCCUGAACCUUUGAGAACUGUAGAAUAGUGUAAAAAUAUAUGAAAAUAUUUAACAGUCUCUCUGGGCAUUACUUUAAAAUUUAUUUUUGUUUCAUUUGCUGAUUUUCUUCUUUUUUUUUUUUUUUUGCCCGAAACAUGGCGUGUUGAGUUUGUUUUGCUGUGUGAAGAUCUGCCGAUCAGCCCUUUUUCUUAGCUCACAGUGGACUGAUAUGACAUUGUGGAUCCUAAAAAGGCUAAGAAUCGGCUUUUGGAGAUGACUCUUGGUACAAUGAACGGACAGCCUGACCUGUAACCUCACUGUGCAGCACUGGACACUGGGGUCAAGACUACAGAUAUAUGAAGAGCACAGAGUAAACAUGGACGUGAUUCGCAUAGCGGUCAAUGAAGACUCGCCUGUUGCUUUCCUUUUUCCCUUAUGUUUUCCAGAAUAAUGGCAGGGAGAGACAAUUGUAGGAAAUCAGAUACAGUUUGUGUUCUGUUUGAGGUAUCUUGGAGAAUGCCUCUUUUAUUGCUGAUUCUGUACUAACACACGCACACACUCGCAUCAAGAUUGCAAUUUUCCCUCUGUGACAUUUAGACAUCUUAUUUAUUUUGUAUUGUUGCCAUCACUAGCACUCAUGACGUUCAGGUACAAUCAUAUUUGUUAGGAUUGUUGCUUCUUAUCUUCUCUGCUCAAAUGCAGGGCAGUAUUGUGUGACAUUGUUGCCUUUCCAGAGUCUUUCUGUGAAAGACUGUUGCAGAUUGAAUUUGUUUAGGCUCUUUCUUUAGUCUUUUUUUUUUUUUUUUUUUUUUACAUGAAAAUCUUCAUGGAAUUGUCACGAAAUUGUUAGUACAAUGAACACAGUAACAGGCAUAUAUUAAGCAGAAAUUAACCAUCACUUUUAAAAUGUAUUUUAUAUAUGAAAUGUAUAUGUAUACAUAUUUGGAAUCUAAUAGAGGGAGAAUACCGUUUAUGUAAAUGUCAGAGGAUAUAUGUGUGUGUGAGUGAACUAAUCUGUCAUUAUUUUGGUGGUGCCCUUUUUUAUACUCACUUCCUGAAUGUUUUUACAGAUUACAAGUGUAAAGCUAUUGUACAAUAUAAAAACAAAACAAGCAAAAGAACAGCAACAUGAGACAUUCUUCAAAAAGAAAAUGAAUAAAAAUUUAUUGAUGUAUUUUUCUUCCA